AAACGCCACAAGCAACACUGCAGCAGACACACCAGAUACAAUCUUUUAAGGCUCUACAACCUAUGCUGUUAAGAAUUUCCUGCUUCGGCGAAGAUUACAGCCAGCCCGAGUUCCUGUCUCCUGUGGGGUGCAGAGUUAUCACUACACUGACACUAAUUAUGGCAGAGACUGAUCCGAAAUCAGUACAGGAUCUUACAGCAGUGGUGCAGACGUUGCUGCAGCAGAUGCAGGACAAAUUCCAGACCAUGUCAGAUCAAAUCAUCGGGAGAAUUGAUGAGAUGAGUACGCGCAUUGAUGACCUGGAGAAGAACAUCGCUGACCUGAUGACCCAGGCUGGCGUAGAGGAGGCGGAAGGAGAGAACAAGGCCAAAGAACCUGAGGCCUCUUAAUGAAGGUUGCCCAGUAACGAUGGAGUAAAGGAAACUUUUCGAGAGCAGCAACCUUCCCCCGUAGUGCUGCCUGCUUUGAUUUGAUGUAUUGUUGUAUAGUUCUUUUUAUACUGACUUCAACUAAUACCGAUGGAUAUUCCUGAUAGUGUUCUAUAAUAUUUAGGGUUUUCAUUAUGGAUAGUGCAUAUCAUUUUUUUAGGCCUCUUUAACACCAGCCAGCGGCAUGGCUGAGGCCUGUUUACUGUAAUAUGAGCACUAGCUAUGUGCCGAACAAACACCAUUCCAGUUUCAACUGAGUUUGUGCUAUUAAAAUGGUUUCAUACAAAA